CGUGCUCUGUUAUUAUUAUUACUCUGUAUUCUGUACACUGCAAGUAGCCUCCUAAAAUUUCUAACCCACCAAAAGCGGAAACCUCUCCAUUUCCUCCUCCUCCAGCUGGUGGAAAAUUAAGCUCAAAACCCAAAAGGAAGAUUUCAUUAAUCCAUCCUCUUCCUCUCCCUCCCUCUUCUUAAAAGAAAGGAAUCAUCCACACAGAGAGUUAAGAGAUUAAUCUUCUUUGCUGCCUUCUUCUCCUUCUGCGAACAAUACUUCACUGGCCCUCCAUUUUCCCUUCAUCAGCAGCUUCGCAGGUUCAUUUCAUAUCUUUCUCUUUAGUUUCAUGUUUUCGUGUGGUGCUUCCAGUGAGCCAAAGAUUCGAACUUUGUCCACAAUUCCGAGCUGGGUUUUCGAAUCCAGGAUCUGGGUUGUUGUUGGUUGAUGGUUUCUGUAACUGGGCUUUGAUUUUUUCCCCCCUUUUUGUUUAUUCACCACCCAGAACCGACCUAAUAAUCGUCUCCUCUGUUUUUUUCUCCUUCCCUUUUUCCAGGCUCUUGAUUUUCUGGGAAAACGAAAUUUCAGCUGCUGUGGGGUAAUUGAAAUCGCGAGAACUCUAAAGAACUGGCGGAUGAGUCGAGGAAUUUCUGGGCAACUAAUCACGGGAUGUUAGUAGAUUUCAUCAUUUCCUUCUUCUGUCGCGAAUCUUCCGCGCUUCAACCCGCUUCAUUUCUCUAGCAUUUCAAGCAUUCCGACAAGUGUCUUCAGAUUCCACAAAAUUUUUGGAGCCUUGCGUUGAGUUAAAUGAACUUUGGGAACUCCAAUUCUGAUUCAACGCCACAGCCGAGAAUCCCGAUCGAUCUACAGAACCAUUGCGUGACCGGCAUUAUGGAGAUGAUGACAUCAAGAAACAGAGUCUCUCCUCCGCCUUCGUAUUCCUCUUCGUCCGGUUCAAUUCCGGCUCCGCACCAUCUCAGGCCGGAGGUGGAGAAGAAGAGGUUCGUGUAUGAUCAGAGAUCACAGAUUGGGAACAGUAGUAGUAAUCAGUCAAGAAGCAGGAUGUUGCCCUCUGGCUAUUUCAGCUUGGAGUCUCUGUUUUUGUUAAUUGGGCUAACUGCGUCUUUGCUCAUACUGCCUCUCAUUCUUCCGCCGUUGCCCCCGCCGCCGUUUCUGCUGCUUCUGAUCCCGAUAGGGAUAAUGGUUCUGCUCAUGUUCUUGGCUUUUACUCCUAGUGCUAGGGAUAUGACUUAUACAUCUCUGUAAAUUUUCCUCUCUUGUUCGUUGAACAAAAAAGAUGAAAGAGCUUGGAAUUAGUAGGUUCACAAGAAAACAAGAUCAAUCAUUCCCCCUAUUCUGUUUAGAUGAAUUAAGAUUAAGAUUCGAAAGAAAUAUACUUAUGUGAAAGAGUUAAAAAUAUGGCAGAUUUCGAAAUUGAUAUUUUGUUAAUGAAUCAUCAAGAACAACCACAUUUUAUUUUCAAAUGUUUAAAGAACACAAAUUUGAUCAAAAUGGUUGUUAGCCAAACCAGCCAAAUAUCAUUUUACUUUUAAGCAUAUCUUUAAUUUGUAUAAAUUCGUGAUAAUCUUUCUUAGAAGUAUGUAGUCAAGAAUUGAACGGAAUUCUUAUUUAGUAGUUCGUCUUUUGUGAAAUAUAGAUUUGAGUUCCGUUUCAAAAUUAUAUGACAAGUGACUCGAAAAUAAAGAGAAUUGGAAGUAAAUAACAUUAAUUAAGAAGAUUUAGGGGUCUUUUGGAUGAGUUAUUUGGGCCAAAAUAACUCGUUUGGGUAUCUAUUUGGCCAACGUGGGAUUUUGUACCGCGUUAGUUAGUAAUAACGCGAAAACGCGUUAUUUAAAAUAAUAGGUGGGAGGGUGUUAUUUCUAAAUAAAGCGUUGCUCGCUUUUUCGUUCCUCUUCUGCCCCUUUCUGUUCUCUCUUUCCUCUCUUUUUCUUUCCUUGUUCUUCCUCGGGUUAAUACCUUAGUGGCCUGAACUAUACACAUACUUUCUACUUUGGCUCGUGGUAUUGAAAAUAUCAGUAUCACCUAUUAUUUAUUAUCAUACAGGUGGCGCAUAUUUAUUGGGAGGGAGCACGGCUGAGGUGGUGCUCCAGGAGCACUCAAGAAUUCCUUUGAAGUAUGAACCCUUCUCAUGUUUCCCCCUUUCUUAUCAGUACCGAUUGAUAGUAAUCUACAUUCCGUUUUAUGUUGUGUAAUCCGAAUGGGCACGAAAGAUUUUGAUAAUUUUGAUUGGUUAUGAUAAUGUUGAACUAUAUUGCUACUUGUCGUCAUCAGUGAUAUUUAAGUGAGCAUCGUUGUUGGAUAUGUUAUCGUGCGAUCUCUUUGUGGCUUUGAAAUCGUUGUUGGCUUGUGGUAGCAUAAGCAAUAGUUUACCCCCAUACAAACACGGUAAAGCAAACCAAGAACGUUCUAAUGCAGACCACAAAUAUAUUAAAACAAACCAGAAAUCUCGCAAAGCAAAUCACAAAUAUAUUAAAACAAACCAGAAACCUCGCAAAGCAAACCACAAAAAAUUUGAAAGCACACCAGAAACACAAUAAAGCAAACCAGAAUCCUCCUAAAGCAAAUCACAAAUAUAUUAAAACAAACCAGAAAUCUCGCAAAGCAAACCACAAAAAAUCGAAAACACACCAGAAACACAAUAAAGCAAACCAGAAUCCUCCUAAUGCAGACCACAAAUCUCUUAAAACAAACCACAAACCUCACACCAGAAACCUCCUAAUGCAAACCACAAACACAGUAAAUCAAACCACAAAAAAGCAAACCGGAAACGUCCUAAUGCAAACCACAAAUAUAUUAAAACAAACCAGAAACCUCACAAUGCAAACCACAAAGUUUUUGAAAGCAAACCGGAAACGUCCUAAUGCAAACCACAAAUAUAUUAAAACAAACCAGAAACCUCACAAUGCAAACCACAAAGUUUUUGAAAGCAAACCAGAAAUUUCUCAAUGCAAACCACAAACACGAUAAAGCAAACCACAAAAGGCAUAAAAAAAUAUGAGAAACCAAACCAUAAAUCUCACAAUGCUAA